AAUUCAAACAGAAAUGCGACCCCUGUCAACACUAAAUAUUUUCGUCGUAUUGUAUUCUUUCGUACCAGAAAUAUGCUCAUUCAGUCUACUUGAUAGAGUAAAUGGAAAAGAUAUUCGAACGAGUAUUCCCGAUUUUCGAACUUCCGACGCCGACGUUGGAAUGAGAUCGGCUCAUUUUAUUGGCUCAUUCCGGGGCCAACCGAUAAAAACACGUCAACACCAUGCUUUUAUAGACGAUAAUGGUGUUCCAAUUCCAUUGCUGCCUUACCACGAACACUUUGCCACGUCUGCAGAAUCUUCGUCACAUCAUCAGAAGCUGAAAGCGUUGGCGCGUGAACACAAAAUCCUCAAAUGGGCCAAGGAAAUCGGUGGCAUCGCUAAAAAACGGAGAAGGCGAAGUGGAUGGAGUGGAUGAAGAUGUUCUUGUUUUCUCUAAUUGAUCAACAACAACAAUACGGGACACUUCUGUUUGAAUUUUGAGAUUUAUCGGAAACAUAAAUAUUUGAAGAUC